AUGGACGACGCAAGCAAAAAACAGCAACACCAGGAUGCGCUGGCUGUCGCGCAGAAUGGAGGUGUAACGAACUCGGAUGACGGAAACAUGGACGACUCGGACGAUGACUUGGAUGACGACGACAUGAUGGACAAGAUCUCGAGUUCGCCUUCGAUUGAAGAUGGUGGGUACACUUCGAUUAUGCCUCCGCAACAAUGGCCGCGGCGAGUCGAUUCUCUACCAGUCAUGAGAGACCGCGGCUCCCCUGCUUCCCCUACGUUCAGCGAGGCAAGGUCCUCUUCUCCUUACACCGAAUCCCUUGAAUACCCCCAUGCGUUCCCUUCUUGGCUGCAAAGCAAUGCGGCUGCCGAUUCAGCAAGCCAUCAUCAUCUUCGUGGUGAGUAUACCGGAUAG